ACGCGGGCCUCUAUUGAUGUCCAACGUAUGAAAAAAUAUGGACACAUAUAUGGUUACUUUGACGGCAAUCUACCGGUGCUUAUGAUCGGUAAUCCAAAUCUAAUCAAACAGAUCUGUAUGAAAGAUUGGCCAAACUUUGUGAACCGGUCGAGUCAGGCGGUUAUCAGUACCCGACAGCAUCCUAUACUAUGUCAUAAUGUUGAUGAAGCCGAAGGUCGGGACUGGAAACGGAUCCGAUCGAUAAUGAGUUCGGCAUUUACAUCGGCAAAGAUCCGAUCGAUGGUACCGAAGGUUAGACAGUGUUUGAAACAAUUGACAACAGCUAUGGACAGGUAUGCAGCCAGCGGCCAGACAAUCGACAUGAAACAUAUGUACGAAAACUCAGUGUUGGACACUAUAGCCGCCUGUGUCUACUCUAUGGACUUGAACUGUUCGGUCAAUCCGAACCAUCCGUUUGUCAUAAAUAUAAAUCAGAUUUUAUAUCCCAAAUGGUAUCGUACGCUAGCAUUGCUUAUAUUACCGCAGUUUGUCCUUAAGUUGAUUGGCGUUAACCUACUGUCCGACGAUACAUCUAAUGAGUAUUUCUUUCAGCUGACCCGUCAUGUAAUUGGUCAGCGAAAACUUGAAAGCACUGGGAUUGGUGGUUGUAGUGGUGAUGGUAAGCGCUGGGACUUUAUUGAGUUGCUUAUGGAGGCGCACGCUAUUGAAGACCAGACUAUUAAUGAUAACAAUAAAACAACUGCUGAUAAUGAGGACGACUAUGGACUUUAUGAAAAAGGUAUGUCUAAAUACUUGACCGACGACGAGGUCAUAGCUAACGCCUGGUUUUUGACUACCGGCGGCUAUGAGCUAACAGUUAUUACCUUAUCGUUUGCCACCUAUGAGUUGGCCCGUAAUCAAAGUGUUCAGCAAAAACUUUACGACGAAAUUAGGACAGUCAUCAUCAAUGAUGAUGACAAUGACCAGCAACUAGAUGUCGAUCGGUUGCAUAAUCUGCCGCUACUCGAGGCUGUCGUAUGCGAAACACUACGCUUGCAUUCGCCGGCCAUCAGUGAGGGCCGGUUUGUCGAAAAUGACUAUCCAUUGGGCGGUGGCGGCGAUGGCCAUCAAACGGGUGUUAUUGUCAAAGCUGGCGAAUCGGUAGAGUUUGGUAUCUAUGCUAUGCACUUGAAUGGCGACUACUAUCCCAAUCCCGAACAGUUCAAUGUCGACCGUUUUCUACCGGAAAACCGUAACCAACUGACACCCUAUGCAUUCAUACCGUUUGGUUUGGGUCCGCGACAGUGUAUUGCCAAACGUUUUGCACUAAUGAUAAUCAAACUAACAUUGGCAACACUAGUAUUGAAAUACCGAUUCAAUACAUGUGCCCAAACAGAUAUACCAACCAAACUAUUUUAUUUUACUCGUAAUUUUGAUUACUGGUCUAAACUGGGUGUAAACGGUCCCAAACCGGUCAUCGGUUACGGAAACAUAUUGUUUCGGUUAUCUAAAAAUGUCAAUCAAAUUGAUUAUCAAUGGUUUAAAAAAUAUGGCAAAGCAUUUGGUGUAUAUAAAUAUAACGUACCGGUGCUGACAAUCGUCGACCCGGAGCUCAUCAAACGUAUCUGUGUUACCGAUUCCCGUUAUUUCUAUAACCGCGGACGGGAUCCAGUUAUGUCUUUUUCCGAGCACCCGGUGUUGUGUCAAAAUGUUUCGUUCAGUACCGAUAAUACUUGGAAACAGACCAGAAAAAUGUUUACAUCGCUAAUGUCUGUAUCGAGAAUGAAACGAAUGUCUACGAAAGUAACGGAUGACAUACAGGUGCUGAUGAAUGUAUUAGACAAUCGGGUGUGUAAUACUGAAAACGGUAGCACCGGUACUGAUCUCAAGAAAACAAUGGACUCGUUUAUCAUGUAUUUGCUGAUCGAUUGUUUUCAAUCGCAAGAUACCGGCUUUCCCAGUGAUCGGCCACUAAACAAAUCGGUUGGCUAUGUUAUGUCGGCGGUUGAAUGGUCACCAUUGUUGGCCAAACUGCGGAUACUGUUACCGAAAUUUUUGUUAAGAUUGUUUGGCAUAUCAUUUCUGGUACCAAACUCUGUGGCCAACAGUUACGUCAAUGUUAUCAACGAUCUGAUUGACAGACGACUGGCCGCCGGAGGUGUUGAACAAAACAACGACUUUUUACAAGACUUACUAUCAUUUAUGUCUGAAACCAAAAAGUCAGAGGAUAGACAACAAACAGAUAGUUAUCUAACACGCGAUGAAGUGGUCGGCAAUCUAUACGGAGCACUGAUAGACGGCUACAAUAUUGUUAUCGAUGUCAUCGGUCAGGCCAUUGAUGAACUGGUACGCGACCAACAAUCACAGCGGCGACUGUACGACGAGUUGGCCAAACAACACGCGGCGACGGCGGCGGACAAUGACCAGCAUAUCAUUACGUACGACAUGUGCUACAAAAUCAAGUACUUGGAGGCCAUUAUCAACGAAUCGAUGCGUUUGAUGACUAAUAACUUACGCGACGGUCGUUUAGCUGCCGAAGACUAUCAGUUGGCCGACACUGGUAUUCAAGUUAGACGCGGCCAACGAAUCGAGUUUCCGCUGUAUCCGAUUCAUUUGAAUCCCGAUUAUUUCCCGGAACCGCACCGUUUUGAUCCCGAUAGAUUUAUGGGCCAAAAUAAUAGUAGGGAUAAAAUAGUACCGUACACAUUUUUACCGUUUGGUGCCGGACCGCGUGCCUGCGCUGGCCAACCGUUUGCCUGGCUUAUUGUCAAAUUGAUACUGGCCAAUUUUUUAGUUUAUACAGCGCUUUUGAAACUUAUUUUUGUUGUUGUAAAUAUCUAUAAGACAUUAGUAGUGUUGAGUAGUUAA